GUAUUUUUAUCAUCAUACAAAUAAGACGUCUGUAAAUGUGUAUAAAAUGUCGUGAAUUGUUGUCGGCAAGAUUCAGUUCAUUUUCGAUUUUUUUAUGAAGUAGGAAGAGAAAAAUGAGACAUUACCUCAAUUUUCUGGCCUUUAUUGCUCUUCUCGGUGGUCUUUAUGGCUACGAAACUUACAAGGGCUAUAAAGUUUACGAUGUAGUUCCGAAUACAAUUCAAUAUGAAGCACUUUCCAUGUUGCAAUAUGAAGAAGGCAUUGAUUUUUGGAGAUUAUAUGCAGCCGGUAGGAUGUCACGAGUCAUGAUUUCACCAGAAAGAAUUAAUGAUUUUGAAGAGUUCCUUUUGGCUAAUCAAAUUCCAUAUGAAGUUGCAAUUGAGGAUAUGGAAGGACCUAUUGAAGCAGAGAGACAAAGUUUAAGAAAAUCGAGACAAAAGCGCGCAACAGCACUUCCACGAGUGACACCAGAUUUUUCAGUAUUUUGGUCUGCAGCAGAAAUUGAGACUUAUUGUACAUUCUUAGCAAACACAUAUCCACAAUUUGUCACUUUAGAAACGAUGACAUUUUCACCAGAAGGUCGUAGAAUUUAUGCCAUGAAAGUCUCAAGUGGGGCAGUUUUUGGACAGAAACCAAUUAUUGGUAUGGAAUCUGGCAUGCAUGCUCGUGAAUGGGCAUCUCCACCAACAGUUUUGUAUUUACUCAACCGAUUGAUUGAGAAUCCAAGCACACGAACUGAAUUAUUGGCUAGAGUUGAUUGGUUGAUUGUUCCAAUGCAAAAUCCUGAUGGAUAUGAAUUUUCAAGAAGUACUAAUAGAUUAUGGCGUUUGAAUCGUCGAAAUGUCACUGCUACAUGCGUCGGUGUCGAUUUAAACAGAAAUAAUGCGUACAGCUGGAGAGCUGCAACAUUGACUCAACCUUGUGGUAGUCAAACCUUCCCAGGGCCAUCACCUUUAUCCGAACCUGAAUCCUUCCAUUUGAACAAUCUUAUGGGCAGAUAUGCAAACAAUAUGAAACUCUACCUUAGUGUUCAUACAUUCGGUGAUAUGGUUUUAUGGCCAUGGGGAUAUUCAGGCUCUCCUGGAUGGAUUGAAACUCAUGUUGAGCAUCAAGCACUUGGAAAUCUAUGGAGAAAUGCAAUUUUAGCAAAUGGCGGUAGAAGCUAUCAAGUAGGAAAUGUUGCUGACGUUCUUGGCAAUGCAUUUGGAGCUGUUGAUGAUCAUAUGGCUGGAACUUAUGGAGUACCUUAUGUGUAUACCCUCGAAUUGACAAGCGGCUUCCAGUUCCAAUAUCCAGAAGAGAGAAUUGAAGCUUUAGCAUUUGAGACAUUCCAUGGAUAUCGAGCAAUGGCUCUGUUUAUUGGAGAGACUUAUGGUUAAAUUCCUUUCUUUCUUUAGAUCUUGAUACUCAAUUGAU